AUGGUGUCCAAAAUCAUCAAGAAAACCCCAACAAAAACCAUAAAAAAGGCUCGAAACUACCACCAACGCCGCCGCAAGAAGUCUCCGAUCAAGAGCGCCACCGCUACUGCCUCCCUCGUUGUAGCUUCCAUCAACAAAUCAAUCUACAGUUGCCACCGCCGCCUCAUCAAGAUCUUCUCAAAACUAACCCGAAUUGAUACCCCAAAGAGAAGUCCCAGAAAACAAGGCUACAAAUUCCUCAAGAAAGUCACAGCCGAAGACCCACAAAACCUCCGUAGAUCACUCUUCAAUGAGAAACACUCUCUUCCUCCAUUGAUAUCACCGAUGAAGAAGACGGUAUUUCUUGAUUUGGAUGAGACUUUAGUCCAUUCCAAGCCAGAUCCACCUCCUGAAAAGUACGAUUUUAUCGUAAGGCCAGUGAUCGACGGACAAAAAGUCGUUUUCUAUGUGUUGAAGCGUCCAUUUGUAGAUGAACUAUUGGACUAUCUCAGCAAGAAUUUUGAGAUUGUGGUGUUCACCGCCGGGAUUGAAGAAUAUGCUUCAUUGGUGCUUGAUAGGCUUGAUUGGAGGGCGGCGAUAUCGCACCGAUUGUACCGGAAUUCAUGUAAAGAGGUUGAUGGGAAGUUUGUGAAGGACUUGUCUGAGUUGGGGAGGGACUUGAAGAGUGUGGUGAUUGUCGAUGAUAAUCCGAAUUCAUACGUGUUUCAGCCGGAAAAUGCGAUUCCGAUCAGGCCGUUUACUGAUGAUAUCGGAGAUGGAGAGCUGAGGAGGUUGAUUGAGUUCUUUGAGGGGUCUGAUAAGUUUGAAGAUAUGAGAGAUGCUGUGAAUAAGUAUCUUGCUGAGAGAGAUGAGAAGGUGGUUCAAGUGUAA